AUGGCAACAACAUUAACCGGUGGAAAUCCACACAUCAUCCAACUGCCAACGACACCCUCCGACGUAUCUUCCGACCCUCAAAGCGUCGCUCAGAAAUGGCUCUCGGAUCUCGAAGCUCAGCUCUCUGGUUCAGAAGACUUGAACAUCAAGGAGCUAUUCCAUGAUGAUUCCUGGUGGCGCGAUAUGUUGGCGUUGGACUGGGAUAUGCGCACCGUACAUACAGCCACUGAAAUUCAGAACUUCCUAUCCAAGCAACAGACCAAGGCACAACUCUCCAGGUUCAAGCUCCAGGAUACGGGCAAGUUUCAGCCACGUCUGGAGCAGGUUGUCGACGGGCUGAGCUGGGUGUCUUCCAUGUUCUUCUUCGAGACUGCCAUUGGUACUGGAACGGGCAUGCUGCGUCUGACGCAGGCGGCGGAUGGGGCUUGGAAGGCUUAUGCUAUGUAUACAUCAUUGCAGGAGCUCAGUUCGGCUCUAGAACCACUCGGGAAACGUCGGGCUGAGGGAACGACCGAGUCGAUGCCUGGUGGUCUAGCUGGUGGCACAUGGAUUGAGCGCAGGAAUCGACAGAAGGAGUUUUUGGAUGAGGAGCCCGCUACUUUGGUUGUUGGGGCCGGCCAAGCUGGAUUAAAUAUGGGUGCGCGUCUGCAGAGCCUCGGCGUGUCAUGCUUGAUUGUCGAUAAGAGCGAGCGCGUGGGAGAUAAUUGGCGUAAUCGGUACCGGACACUUGUCACGCACGACCCAGCUGAGUACACACACAUGGCCUAUCUGCCAUUCCCACAGAACUGGCCACAGUUUACGCCGAAAGACAAGCUGGGUGACUGGUUUGAAGCCUACGCCAGUAUCAUGGAGUUGAAUAUUUGGAUGCAGACCUCUAUCGUCUCAGCAGAGUAUGACGAAGCUGGAGGCCAGUGGACGGUUGUCCUCGCUCGUGGUGAUGGGUCCCAACGCAUCGUCCGGCCUCGUCACCUUGUAUGGUGUACAGGACACUCAGGCGAGGCGAAAAUUCCUUUCUUCCCGGGACAAGAAUCGUUCCAGGGCACGGUAUACCACGGCAGCCAGCACCGCGAUGCAUCGGAAAGCGAUGUCCGCGGUAAGAAGGUUAUUGUCGUCGGUACUGGUAACAGUGGGCACGAUAUCGCGCAGAACUAUUAUGAGAAUGGUGCAGAUGUUACUAUGCUGCAGCGCAGCGGGACAUAUGUUAUAACUGCCGAGAAGGGUGUGUUUAUGAUGCACAGUGGAUUGCAUGAGGAUGGCGGUCCCCCAACUGAACAAUGUGACAUCGUCUCCGAGAGUCUCCCCUGGCCUGUCCAAUUCGCUUUGGGUGCACAUAUGACGAAGGACAUUGCCAACGCCGAGAAGGAGACACUUGACGGACUCCGUCGGGCUGGCUUCGAACUGGAUUUCGGGAUAGACGGGGCUGGUAUUACCCGCGCAUACUUUACCCGCGGCGGCGGGUAUUAUAUCGAUGUCGGAUGCAGCCAGCUUAUCAUCGACGGCAAGAUCAAAGUCAAACACAGCCCGGACGGUAUCAACGGCUUUGGAAAUCGCGAGCUGCUCUUGGCGAAUGGUGAUUCCCUCCCAGCGGACGUUGUUGUCCUUGCCACUGGAUACGAUAAUAUGCGCACGACAGUCAGAAAGGUCUUGGGUGACAAGGUUGCGGACCGGUGUUCGGAUGUUUGGGAUCUGGAUGCAGAAGGAGAGCUUCAAGCUAUGUGGCGCCCCAGUGGUCAUCCGGGCUUCUGGUACUUUGGUGGAAACCUCGCAUUGUGCCGGAUCUACUCUAAGUUUUUGGCACUUCAGAUCAAGGCUGUCGAAGCUGGAAUAUCCAGCGGAGUACGGCAGUAA